UUUUUGGACAAUAUGUCGAGUGAUUAACCAUUUUACACGCAUUUCAUCAUUUAUCAUCACAGUUAUAUACGACCACAUAGGUUUCACAUAAAUAAAGGCACGUCUUCAGAUAGAUCCACCAAUUGAAGCUUAUUCCCAUUUGCAAAACUAUCCAUCUCAAUUAUGCCGUUAAUGGGACUUCGCGACUGGGCACAGAUGGCCAGAAACUUCUAUCCGCCACCCCCCGCCUUCUUACCAAAGGAUUACCCAUCCUUAACCGGGAAAGUGGUGAUUGUCACGGGCGGAAACGCGGGUCUUGGCGUUGAAUGCGUCAAGCUUUUGGUUGAAGCUAGAGCUAAGGUGUACAUUUUUGCGAGAAACAAAACCACCGCGUUGAAGGCCAUCGAGGAGCUUAAGCUGCAGCACAAUGAUGCCCUUGUUGAAUUUAUCGAAGUUGAUUUGAGCGACUUGACCACCAUCAGGCCAGCUACCGAAAGGUUUUUCGCCCAGGAAUCCCGGUUGGACAUUGUGAUUCACAAUGCCGGUGUAAUGCUUACGCCAAUAGGCUCCACCUCGAAGCAGGGCUACGAGUUGCAGUUGGGUACGAAUAUCAUCGGGCCCUUUGCAUUGCAAAAGCUCUUGACGCCAAUGAUGCACCAUACCGCCAGUCAGUUGAACGGGGAGGGUAAUAACCGGUCUAGAAUUAUAUGGGUGACAUCAUCCGCUCACGCGUUUGCCCCUAAGCACGGUGUGGAUUUGAACGACUUGAACGACGUUAAACGUGAUGGAUGGGGAAACUACGGCCAAUCGAAGGCAGCGAAUAUCAUCAUGGCCUCCCAAUGGAGCAUAAAUCACCCGGAAGAAGCGGCAAAAAUUGUCAGUAUCUCUGUUGAUCCGGGGAAUUUGAAUACAAACAUGCAGCUGAGUAUUACUGGCCUUACUGGGAGGAUUCUUGACCGCCUUGUCUAUGAUGCACGGUAUGGUGCUUAUGCUCUGUUGUUUGCCGCGUUGUCUCCACAAAUUACCACCACCAACAAUGGUGCGUAUAUUAUUCCUUGGGGCAGGUUUGGCAGGGUCAGAGGGGACGUUGCCGAGGCGGCUAAGAAUGAGAUUGGUGCAGAGUUUUACAAGUACUUGGAGGACGAGACGGGUAAGUAUUUAUAAACGCUUAAAGUAUCACACCUUUCUAAGCUUAUUCUAUUGUUGCUUUCAGUUUAGGGCUUUUGAAUUAUCGUUGGACAUGAUAUACUAUGUAAACAGGGGGGUAAGUCCGAAACUUAGGUUAAACCUAAUCAAACCUGCCUAUCUCAACGGAGCUAUAGGGCCCUAUGGUAAACCAGUCUGAUCGACAAAAUUUUUGGGCUCAAAUAUGACGUUUUGCACCACUCAGAAAUUCAGUGCACCACUAAUUUAAAAGCAAAAGCUCACCUUUUUCUAAAGGAAAAGAAGGCCCAUAUUCUGGAUAGAAUGUAGAGAUAUCGCCUGUCGCAGAACCUCGAUGUAGCGUACUUCUGAUGCCAGCGGAAAAGCAGAAAGAUUGACGUGCCAGCUGGCCGAGGCUAUGCAACCAAUCUCUAUCGCCUAUUCUUGGGUAAUCCCAGAAUUAUUUCUUCCGUUUGUCCGCACAGUAACCAAUACUUGAAUAAAUC